AUGGAGACCACGCCGUCUGUCUGCGUAGUGGUCACGACCGUGGUGGAAACGCUUCCAAUUGAGGAUGCGCUAUUGCUGGAAGUUGUGCGCGAAGAAACGAUGCUUGUUACACCUGAGAGCGAUGAUGUCGAUGCCGGGUCGAGAGUAGCGCCGACCGUUCCACUUGAGGACAUGCCGCUGCUGGAAGUUGUGGAUGAGGACACAGUACCCGCGGCAUCGGACAGCGAGGAUGCUGAGAAAGCGGUGAGUGUAGUGCUGGAGGUUCCGAAUGAGCCGCUGCUUGAUGUCACGGUCGAGGACGUGCUGUUCGAGACCCCGGAUAGGGACGAUAUGGAAGUCGCAGCAGGAGUAUUGGUGACACUCGCGAUAGAAGACGAGCCACUUUUGGAAGUUGCGACUGAGGACAAACUGCUUGAAUUCCCUGAGAGCGUGGGCGUGGAUGUAGGAUCGAGACUGCCGCUGCUGCCCUCGACCGAGGAUAAGCCACUGUUGGGUGUUGUGAGCGAGGACAUAAUGCUCGAGUCCCCCGACAACGAGGACAUGGAGGACGCUGGAGCAGUGUUGGCAACAGUGUUAGUGGACGACGAACCGCUGCUAGGAAGCGUGCUUGGAGACGUCUCACUCGAGAGCCCUGUCAGCGAGGGCGUGGAGGUCGGACUGAGGGUCGUGCUGCUGGAACUCGACGAACCAACGCUAUCGGUGGUCAGACUUGUGCUGGAGGUCGUGACUGACGAUCCACUGGUGAUGAGCUGGGAUGAGCUCGACGUAGAAGACAUCGGCAGGGCCACGCUGGUUGAAAUAGAUCCUUCCACGGUGCUUGUGGUACUUGUUGCGCUGAGAGUUCCGCUGGCCGUGAGUUGUGAUGUGCUGGACGUGGAAGACACCGGCAGGGCCGCGCUCGUUGAAAUAGAUCCUCCCACGGUGCUAGUGGCACUGUCUGCGCUGAGAGUUCCACCUGAGAACCCGCUGCUCGUGAGACUCGAGAGUGUGGAGGUGGAGGAAGCAGCGAGAGCGCUGCUGGUCGAGCUGGACUCCUCAACGCUGCUGGCGAGGCUGAGACUUGUGCUGGAGCUUGUGGCUGAAGAGACGCUGUCUGGGAUACCAGGUAUCGUCGCGCUGGAAGAUGUGGCGGCGCCAGAACUUAUCGGAUUCGCUCCAUUACUGCUGCCGGAGACACCUGUGCUGGAGCUGGCGGCCGAGGUGACGCUACUUGUUGAUCCAGGCAGCGAGAGUGUGGAAGAUGACGAGAGAGCGGUGCUUCCGAGUCCGACACUACCAGUGGUGAGGCUUGUGCUGGAGUUUACAGCUGAAGAGGUGCUGCUCGUGAGACCAGGCAGCGUCGAGCUUGGAGACGCGGAGAGCCCAUUGCUGAUCGAAGUUGCCACUGCGGCGCUGCUGCGUGAGCGGCCUGUGGCGGAGGUGGUGAUCGGGGAGACGCUGCUGGUGAGUCCAGACUGCGAAAGUAUGGAAGACUGGAUGAUUGUAGUGCUGGACUCUCCGAUACUGCCGGUGCUGGAGCUAAGCAGAAUCAAACUGGCGCUAGUUGUCGAUGAACAGCGGUUGUGGAAGGUGUAA